CCUUGGGCCUGGAGUUGUGGGCGGAGCGAGCAGCGGCGCGGGUUCCAUCUCCUCAAGUGCCCUCGGCCACCUCACCACGCCCCUGCUUCCUCAGCUUGCUCACCCGAGACCUCUUUCCUCCUCCUCGAAUCGCCUUUGCUGUGUCUCCCGUUCCUCCCCCGCCGCCCCCACUGCCCCAUUCACUCAAGUCUCACCAACUCUCUCUCUUUUUCCCUUUUUCGCCCACCCCCCCCUCGGCGUUUUCUUCUUUUCUCGUAAAUUUUGCCGCCUUUGAGCAGCCGGAUUGCCUCACUAAAAUCGAACUCUUUACCUUCAAACCCGUUCACGGCUGCACCUCACUCGCCAAGGAAGAAUUUGCCAAACGAACUAAGGCUGCAUUCGCACUCCAGUGCUCGGGCUACUCCGGAAUUCAGGAAGCGGAGAGCCGGGUAUGCCUUUAAAUUGCUGGAAACUGUGGACUGAGGAACCAAAGUCGCACCUUCCCUUCGAGUUCCGAGGGAGCUCUUUUUCAGUUGCACUGAGGAUAGUCUCCGCUCACACGAUUGGCAGCUGGAACCGGAAGCGCUUGGGAGCCUGCGGCCGGGCCGAAGAUUUUACCGCGAGAGACGUGCCAACCGGCUGGGGUGCGCGGUUUCCACCGGGAUUGGAGCCCAGAGGAAUUCGUACGCGGUAGCAAUGGAGCGGGGCGCGGGCGACCGCACUGCCAGCGCCCUGUUCGCGGGAUUCCGAGCCUUGGGGCUUUUCAGCAAUGAUAUUCCACACGUGGUGCGGUUCAGUGCCCUGAAGCGCCGGUUCUUUGUGACGACCUGCGUGGGCAAGAGCUUCCACACCUAUGACGUUCAGAAACUUAGUCUGGUUGCAGUGAGUAAUUCUCUUCCACAGGAUAUCUGCUGUAUGGCAGCUGAUGGAAGGCUAGUCUUUGCUGCUUAUGGGAAUGUUUUCUCUGCAUUUGCCCGUAAUAAAGAGGUAGUACAUACCUUUAAAGGUCAUAAGGCAGAAAUUCAUCUUUUGCAACCCUUUGGGGAUCAUGUUAUCUCUGUUGAUACUGACAGCGUUCUUAUUAUUUGGCACAUAUAUUCAGAAGAAGAAUACCUGCAGCUGUCUUUCGAUAAAUCAGUAUUUAAAAUUUCUGCAAUUUUGCAUCCGAGUACCUACUUGAAUAAAAUACUUCUUGGCAGUGAACAGGGAAGUCUCCAGUUGUGGAAUGUAAAAUCCAAUAAACUUCUGUAUACAUUUGCUGGAUGGAAAACUGGAGUGACUGCGCUUCAGCAGGCACCAGCUGUGGAUGUUGUUGCUGUUGGUCUUAUGUCGGGUCAGGUGAUCAUUCACAACAUCAAGUUUGAUGAAACAUUAAUGAAGUUUCGUCAAGACUGGGGACCUAUUACUUCGAUUUCAUUUCGCACAGAUGGUCAUCCGGUAAUGGCAGCUGGAAGCCCAUGUGGCCAUAUUGGACUCUGGGAUCUAGAAGACAAAAAGUUAAUCAAUCAGAUGAGAAAUGCACAUUCUACAGCAAUUGCUGGGCUAACAUUUCUCCAUAGAGAGCCACUUCUUGUCACAAAUGGUGCUGACAAUGCUCUCAGGAUAUGGAUAUUUGAUGGUCCCACAGGUGAAGGCCGGCUUUUGAGGUUCAGAAUGGGACAUAGUGCUCCUCUUACCAAAAUAAGAUACUAUGGACAAAAUGGACAACAGAUUCUUAGUGCAAGUCAGGAUGGAACCCUUCAGUCAUUUUCCACGAUACAUGAAAAAUUUAACAAGAGCUUGGGACAUGGAUUAAUAAAUAAAAAGAGAGUCAAACGUAAAGGACUUCAGAAUGCCAUGACAGUGAGACUUCCACCCAUCACAGAGUUUGCAGCUGAGGAAGCUCGUGAAAGUGACUGGGAUGGUAUCAUUGCUUGCCAUCAGGGUAAGCUAUCUUGUUCAACCUGGAACUAUCAAAGAUCUACAAUAGGUGCUUACUUUCUCAAGCCCAAAGAGCUGAAGAAAGAUGACAUAACUGCAACAGCAGUGGAUAUAACUUCUUGUGGAAACUUUGCUGUCAUUGGUCUCUCAUCAGGAACUAUAGAUGUAUAUAACAUGCAGUCUGGUAUACAUCGAGGAAGUUUUGGCAAGGAUCAAGCCCAUAAAGGAUCCAUUAGAGGUGUUGCAGUGGAUGGAUUAAACCAGUUGACAAUUUCAGCUGGUAGUGAAGGAUUACUCAAGUUCUGGAACUUUAAGAACAAAAUUUUAAUUCAUUCUGUGAGCCUUGAUUCAUCUCCAAAUAUGAUGCUAUUACAUAGAGACAGUGGCAUUCUGGGACUCGCCUUGGAUGACUUCUCCAUUAGUGUUUUGGACAUAGAAACUAGGAAGAUUGUUAGAGAGUUUUCUGGACACCAAGGCCAAAUAAAUGACAUGGCUUUCAGUCCUGAUGGUCGUUGGUUAAUAAGUGCUUCAAUGGAUUGUUCUAUUAGAACUUGGGAUCUUCCAUCUGGGUGCCUUAUAGACAGCUUUUUGUUGGACUCAGCACCUCUUAAUGUUACUAUGUCCCCUACUGGAGACUUUCUGGCCACUUCCCAUGUGGACCACCUUGGAAUUUAUCUAUGGUCCAAUAUUUCCCUCUACUCAGUUGUUUCAUUACGGCCACUUCCCACAGAUUAUGUUCCUUCAGUAGUGAUGCUUCCUGGUACUUGUCAAACCCAAGAUAUAGAAUUAUCAGAAGAAACCACAGAACCAAGUGAUGAAAUGAUAGCAUAUGACUCCCCAGAACAGUUGAAUGAGCAAUUGGUGACUCUUUCACUUCUUCCUGAAUCCCGGUGGAAAAACCUUCUUAAUCUUGAUGUUAUUAAGAAAAAGAAUAAACCAAAGGAACCACCCAAAGUACCAAAAUCAGCACCAUUUUUUAUUCCAACAGUUCCUGGCCUUGUACCCAGAUAUGCUACACCUGAACAAAAUAAUGAUCCUCAACAGUCUAAAGUGGUAAAUCUUGGAAUUUUGGCUCAAAAAUCAGAUUUCUGCUUGAAACUUGAAGAAGGACUGGUAAAUAAUAAAUAUGAAGCUGCUCUUAGCCUUCUGAAAGAAUUAGGCCCAUCAGGAAUUGAAACAGAGCUGCGAAGUUUGUCUCCUGAUUGUGGUGGUUCUAUAGAAGUUAUGAAGAGCUUCUUGAAAAUGAUUGAGAUGAUGUUGGAUAGAAAGCGUGAUUUUGAGUUAGCCCAGGCAUACCUUGCACUCUUUCUGAAGUUACACCUUAAAAUGCUUCCUUCAGAGCCAGUACUUCUAGAAGAAGUCACAAAGUUGUCAUCACAGUUGGAAGAAACAUGGAUCCAUUUACAAUCACUCUUCAAUCAAAGCAUGUGUGUUUUAAAUUACAUAAAAAGUGCUUUGUUAUAAAAAUAAACAUAGGUAACUAAGUCAAAGAUUUUUAUAUUAAAGGAGUUGAGUUUAACUCUUAUCUUUUUUCCAAGUUCCUCAUAUGAAAAGAAAGUAAAUGCCAGCACUGCCAACUAGUCAGUCAUCCUCCACUUUAAAUGCUAAAUACUUUCUUGAAAUAAAAUUAUACCUAUCUUUUGCUUUAAAGAUAUAAAUAAUUUUCUCAAAUGAUUUAUUUUCUGAGACUCUUCAUGUCAAUUACUUGGAUAUGAUUUUUUUUUUUAAUUGUCAUCACCAAGCUCAUGUUUUUUUUUAAUAUUUGUAACAUAUGAGGUGUGCUGGUGUUUCCUAUAAGGUAUUGCUGAGUUAAACUGAAGAUAAAACUGAUACAUAAUGUAGCUGUAAAAUGCCUUCAUGUUAUGAGGUAAAAGGCAUGUUUCUUUCCUUGGUGGCCUUUCCUGAAAACAGAGAGCUGGGAGGCGUGUUGGACAGUGCAGCGCUCUUGUAUUGCUCAAGGAAUUGACGAGGAAGUUGCUCAAGAUCUCAGUGACAGAUCCAGAUUUUCUAACACUUCCCUAAUCCUGUCUCCACUGUAACCUUUCUAAAGGAACUUAUUCUUUUAUAUGAGAGGCUCUUUCACAAGCAACUUACUGCAGGAGACAAUUGAACAGACCCCUAGGAUAAGUGAGGGAAAUUCCAAAUUCCAUUAAACAUACCCUUGAAAUGCUUUUCUUCUUCACUGAUGACCUUUUUAUUUGGGAAGAAACUGCUGACUGUACUUUUCUUUCAUAACCAUUGUGAAACCAGAUAGCUCUGGAAGUUUCUUUUUCUCUCAUCAUUGUUGUUGUGGUUCAAGACUUCAGCAAAAGCAGUUCUUCUUAAAAAGCACACUGUUCUAAAAACUUUUUAGUUUUUAUAGUUAAAAGUAGUAUCAUUCAUAAAUUUAAACAGGUUGUAUUUGAAUACAGGUACAUUCUAAUUAAGGAUAUACUUUUACAGAAUAAUCUCCUGAAUGAAUAGUCCUUUAAUUGUCAAGGUGUUUUUGUUUAAUCGUAAAAGGCAGAAUUAUUAAACUGCUAAAGAAAUAAGCCAAUCUGGUUUUUAUACUUUGUUCUUUUAGAAAUGUAUGUAAACUUAAAACCAUUUUAUUAAAUGUUAAUAAUGACUUAAGUUCUAGCUUUAAAAACUAUAUUUCCCUUACUCCAAAUACUGUAUUCUAAAGACAGGUACUAUCUUUAUGCAAGAUAUGAUGUUCACUUAUGUACUAUGUGAAGAUUGUAAAUAUCUAGAAACAUUAAUAAGAGUUCUAAACAACUUGUAUUGCUGUGACAAAUCUUGAACUUUUUUUUACAUGGAAAUACAGGAGUUGAGUAUAUUUUUACUGGAGAUAUCUUUAAAUAGUUUUAAAGCUUCAUUCUGGCAGGUAUUCUUCCAGAAUCUUGUAUGUUUGCCAUCAAGGAAGAGAGGGAGAAAAAAAUACAAAGAAUAAUUUUUUGUGUAUAUAUUUUUAAAAAUAUAUCGGUCUGUACACACUGCUUUUUCUUUAAAUUUUAAACUACAGACCCAGUAUAUGACUACUGUUUACUUGUGAAAACAUUAAAGACAAGUCUGUUGCUGAUGAUUACCUUCAAUCCUAAUACCUUCCCUAGAAGUAACAUUUAACUUUCCAUCUAGACCUUUUUUUGUGGAUGUAUAUACAUGUUGUAUAUUGGUACAGGAAAUAGUGUGUAGCUUCAGUUUUUAUUUAAAUAUAUGUAUAUCAUUCUGCAGCUUUUCUCUGUGGUUUCUUUGAGUAUAAUCUCACCUAAUUUCACCUAUUUAACUUUUGUAUAGUGUUCCACAAUCUGUUUAGCCUAUAAUGGACACUAGGGUAAUUUUUUUUCCCCCUAUUUACAAACGGUGCUGAAAAGAAUGUCAUCCUCUGCCUCUUUAUGUGCAUAUAAGGAUUUCUCUACUAUAUGCUUAAGCUUUGAAUUGCUGGAUCAGAGUUAGACAGUUUUAAAGAGACACUUUAUUGGGCUAUCAGAAUGGCUAUUAUUAGUUUACAGUUUCUCAGCAGUGAGUGAAUACCUGCUCCCCAUAUCAUUAAAGACAUUUGGUUUUAGAUUAACAAUUUUUAAAUUAACCUAAUAUGUGAAAAAUUGUCAUUUUUAUUGUUUAUAUUAAAAAUAUCUGACUCUAGUGAGGAUGGUCAUCUUUUCAUAUAUUUAUUUUGGACUAUUAUUUCUUUGCCAACCCUGCUCAUUUUUUUGUUGAAUGAUUUGUCUUUUUAUCUUAAGGACUUGUGAGGAGAUUUUCAUACAGUUUAGAUAAAUAUUAGUCUUAUACAUCUGUUAUGAUGUUUCUCCCAGUUGGUCAAUUGUUUUUACUUUUGGUGUCUCUUUUAGACAGUUGUUUUAUAUUAUACCUAAUCAAAUUGAUAAAUAUUUUUGACUUUUUUUUCAAAAUAUAAAGCAUAUUCUGUAUUUUCUUCUAAUUAUCAUAUAUGCAUCCAGAUCUCCAUCUGGAAUUUAUUUUUGUGAAGAGUACAAGGUGCAAUGCUACUUUUAUUCAGAAGUCCAAAAACCAUUUGUUGAAGUAUAUUCUUACUCAUUUUGGAUGCAGUUUUAUUAUGUGCCAAAUUCUUUAAGGUAUUUGAUAUUCCUAAUAAAUAAUGCAUGGCUUAGAUUAUAGUCUUCCAGUAUGUUUUCAGGGAUGGUGGUGAUAAAGCAUUCCUAAUAUUUUUUUCAAAAAUGUCUUGGCUAUUGGUGAGUAUAUCUUUUUGUUUUGAUUUUAGUUGCACUAAAUUUAUGGUGUUAGUUUGAAGAGAAUUACAGUUUACCCUUAAACAGAGCGUUAAGGGUGCCAACCUUCUGUACAGUUGAAAUCUGUCUAUAAUUUAUACUUGGCUCUUCAUACCUGUGGUUCCUCCAUAUCUGUGAUUCUGCAUCUGUGAAUUCAACUGAAAAGUGUGUAGUACUAUGGUAUAUACUGUUGAAAAAUAUCCCUGUGUAAGUGGACUCACCCAUUUCAAAUCUGUGUUGUUGAAGGGUCCACCACACAAUAGUUAUUUUUCUUCAAGAACAAUCUAUGUCUUCAUUAAACCAAGUGUGGGCUUCUCUUUGC